AUGGCAAACGAUCUACAGUAUGUCAUAACCCUACCAGCGGCAGGUGAAAUCAUGAACGCACAGGGUGGGGGAAAUAUGGAACGGUAUACCCUGGAAAACAUCGAAUUGGAGUACGAAUCCAUCGACAACAUCGAAUUGGCAAGAAAAGUGGAAAGUCAGCACAACGCCGGACGGAAGCUGUCUUUAGAAUAUGUCAUCCUGAUGAAAUUGACGGAAUGGAGUAACGACUCCACCAUUAUCAACGAAACGAUCAACGUGCCACGAAGACGCAUGAAAGCCAUCGUCAUGUUGUUUACGAACAAGACAAAGACAGACAGCGAAGAAUAUGUUUACCCCAACAUCGAAAAGGUUAGGGUAACCGUGGAAGGUGUGCCCAACGCAGUCUACAGUCAAGGUAUUCCGAAAACAAGACUAUACGAAGAGGCAAGACGACUGUUGGCACCAGUGAAAUCAGCCAUCAAACACUAA